CUCGCCCUCCUCCUCGCGGCCCAAACUGCGCUUGCGACCAUCUAUGCCACCAACCCCGUAGCGAGCACGACCUUCACCGGCGGUCAGACAGCUACCAUCUCCUGGGAGGACGAUGGCACUUCGCCCAGCUUGACGCAGAUCGGUAAUGCGAGCGUGGGAAUCUACGCUGGAAACAGCCAACAGCAAACCCUUCUCCAGAUGAUCAUCGGCAGUGUAAACGUCGCCACGACCGCAUCGAUCCAGUUCACCGUCGACCCCACCAUCGGGCCUAACAGCAACGCCUACUUCAUCCGGUUCACCGCUUUGACUGUCAAGGACACCACGAACCCUACCUAUCCCUACGAGCAGUUCUCUGCUAGGUUCACGAUGACCGGUAUGACGGGGACGUUCAAUGCCAGCGUCCAGGCGCAGAUUAAUGGUGCUACUGGUGCUGCCGCUGUCCCGGGCGCGUCGAGCAUUGCCCCCGUUUCGCAGACGUCAACGCACCCAGCGAGCAACACCCCUUCCCCUACCGCCAGCGGUGCAAAGACAAACGCCACCGCGGCAGCGAAGAGCGCCGCC